UUGAACGAUGUGAUAAAGAACAGAAAAAGGAGAGCCUGUGUAGAGGCUAGGGUUCAUGCACUACAUGAUAAUGCAUGUUAAUUUUUGUUAACUAGACUGUCAAGAAUAGAUAUAUUAUGGCUGCAGAUCUUUUCAAGUAUACCAAAGCCAUUGUAUGUGGUAUCCCAGACUCCCUGGUAGCUGAAGCUCUGAGAAUGGAUGAAGGUGGUGAGCCUGUGGAUCUGGAGAGAGCUAGACAGCAACACGAAGACUACAUUCAGGUGCUGACUGAGUUGGUGGGGGAGAUCCACAUUAUACCAGCGGAUGAGCAGUUUCCCGACUGUGUGUUUGUGGAGGAUCCUGUGGUUGUGUGUGGGGACACUGCACUCGUCACCAGUCCUGGCCACAAGAGUCGUCGUGGUGAGACAGUUGCUAUGAAAGAGGCUGUGACGAAGCUGGGUCUGAGUGUGGUAGAGAUGACAGAGCCUGGCAGAAUGGACGGAGGGGAUGUCUUGUUCACUGGGAGAGAGUUCUUUGUGGGCCAGUCAGCCAGGACUAAUGAGGAAGGACUGAAACAGCUUGCAGCCUCCUUCCCCUCGUACCCAGUGACUGGAGUCAAGGUGACGGGCGGCCUUCACUUGAAAUCAGUAAUGUCCAUGGUUGCCCCUGACAACAUCGCCAUAGGAACCUCACCCGCCGCAGUCGAUGCCAAGGAAGCCAUAAAGCGAGACGGCCACUUCAAGUACAGCUUUCUCUCAGUACCUGACAACUUUGGAGCUAACUGCCUGUUUGUGAAUGGUAUUAUAAUUCAUGUCUCCAAAGAUGCUUACCCAAAAUCGUGUGAAGUCUUCGAUAAGUUUUCAUGUCCUGGAGUUUCUGAGAAGAUUGCAGUGAACAUGUCUGAACUAAAUAAAGUAGACGGUUGUCUCACUUGCUCCUGUGUGCUCAUCAAUUGAUUUGUGUGCACUGUUUAGAAAUUGACUUUGUAAUGUUGCUACAUUUACUACAUGCACAGUAAUGUUUUAGCAA